AUGGGAUACCUGGAUUUGGCGUUGUCGUAUUCCAACCAGACGCAGACUGUUGAAACUCCAGCUAGCGGAGGGGGUCUCAGCCAGAAUGGAAAAUUCAGCUAUGGAUAUGCAAGCUCCGCUGGGAAGAGAUCAUCUAUGGAAGAUUUUUUCGAGACGAGGAUCGACGGUAUCGAUGGAGAAAUCGUUGGUCUAUUUGGAGUUUUUGAUGGCCAUGGUGGAGCCAGAGCAGCUGAGUAUGUGAAGCGUCAUCUUUUCAGCAACCUGAUUACUCAUCCGAAGUUUAUCUCUGACACCAAAUCAGCUAUAACUGAUGCCUAUAACCAUACAGACUCUGAACUUCUCAAGUCUGAAAAUAGUCACAACCGAGACGCUGGUUCGACUGCGUCUACAGCUAUUCUUGUUGGCGAUCGUUUACUUGUUGCAAAUGUUGGUGAUUCAAGAGCUGUUAUCAGCAGAGGCGGAAAUGCCAUUGCUGUGUCAAGGGACCAUAAACCUGACCAGAGUGAUGAGCGUGAAAGAAUUGAGAAUGCUGGUGGAUUUGUGAUGUGGGCAGGAACUUGGAGGGUUGGAGGAGUUCUUGCAGUUUCUCGUGCAUUUGGUGAUCGGCUUCUGAAGCAAUACGUUGUUGCUGAUCCAGAAAUCCAGGAAGAAAAGAUUGAUGAUUCACUUGAGUUUCUGAUCCUGGCAAGUGAUGGACUAUGGGAUGUUUUCUCUAACGAGGAAGCAGUUGCAAUGGUUAAGGAAGUCGAAGAUCCAGAGGAGUCAGCGAAGAAACUUGUGAGAGAAGCAAUAAAGAGAGGAAGUGCAGACAACAUCACAUGUGUCGUCGUUCGUUUCUUGGAGACAGCUUCGUCAAGUCAUGUCAGCUCCUCAUCAUCCAAAGAAGCCAAUCAAAUGCCGCCACUUGGAGACCUCAAGAUCUCAUCCAACAAUGAAACUAACCAAGUCCAGAUCGACUCAGAGAACAUCAGCACAGGGAAUAAACCAGAGAGUGUAGUGAAUCGGAAACCGGUCCCCGCAAGCAGCUUAACCGAUGAAGUGACCGUCAAGGGUUUAGGGAAUAAACCAGAGAAUCCAGUGAAUCGAAAACCGGUCUCUGCAAGUAGCUCAACAGAUGCAGAUCAGAGCGGUGAAAUGAAGCAAAAGCCAGUCUCACUCUACUGA